CACACACACAUACAAGGGAAAGUGUCAGCUUGGAGCUCAGUGGGAGUGGGCUCGGAGCAUGACAAGGGGGUGUGAGCAGACUUGCACAACCAAAGCCUUAGCGGAGACAGACAACGCACAGAAGAUGAGGGACAGCGACGGCACAACACAGCCUCUGAAGGUCAGGGAGCGACAGCGCUUCUUCGAGGAGGCCUUCCAGCAGGAGGCCGACGUCCACCUCUCCUCCUCUCACCUGCAGAUCGACUGCAGGAAACCCCCGAUGGGCAGCAUCUCGUCCAUGGAGGUGAACGUGGACGUGCUGGAGCAGAUGGACCUGAUGGACGUCUCGGACCAGGAGGCCCUGGACGUGUUCCUCAACUCAGGCCUCGGGGCCGACGACGGGGCGCUGGCGUCCCCGCUGCCAGAUGAGGGGGAGGAGGAGGAGGAGGAGGAGGAGGAGGAGGAGGAGGAAGAGGAGGAGGAGGUGGUGUUCUGCCAGGGGGUUCCCUCGAAGCAGCAGGACAACAACAACGGCCCGGAGCGCCUAGGCCCAGCGAAGAGCCGCGGCUCCUCCACGUCGUCCGGCUCCAGCGGCACCAGCGACGGAGGCGACACGCCCCUCGUCCAAUCAGAUGACGAGGAGGUGCACGCCGACACCGUGCUGCUGACCGCCGUCCCUCAGGCCCGGGACGACGAGACCGAAGACGAGGGAGACGCCGAGUCCGCCCUCAGAGUGUAGCUUCGGCCAGUGUUGGUUUCAGAUGUAGGCCAGAGAGCGUAUAUACAUGGGUGAAGGGUGGACUCGUAUUCUUCUUCUUCAUCUUCAUCUGCAUCUGUCUUUCUCCCUCGAUCAAUCUCUCAGUGUCCUGUCGUGUACAUUGGAAAGCAGGGCAAACCCCAAAGUCUCAAGGAAUGAUUAUGGUUCCACAUCAACGCAACGCAAGGGGGUUUACGGACCCAUUACGUCCUCCAAAAAUGUUAACCUUACGUCGAGGCGGCAGCAAGGGCUCUGAUUGGUCCACUCAAUAAAAUCCGACGCAGAACCAAAACAGGUUCACAACUGUGUCGAAGCGACUGCGUGGUCAUUGCUUUGCGCCGAUGUAGAACCAUAACAGAGCCUUUAGCAGUGCCCUUCCCUGCCUCAGUUGACCGUAUUGUGUCAUUCUUAAUCCGUCAAACCAAAUCCCACUCCACCCUGGGUUUGUUGCCGUGAAAAACACUUGUUUAAAAACACUUGACACCUGCCCGUCUGAAAGUCUGUUUUACAUCAAAGUCUCUUGGUUCAUCUCCAAUAAAUCAACGCAUAAAAUAAGGAAUGUUGGGGAUUUGGAUCGCAGGCCGUAUAAAAGCAAAAUAACAAAUAAAAAUGGGGAAAGGAUUUACGACUUUGGUGUCGGUUAAGGCCUUCAGGGGGCCCCUGUCUGCACCCGCCCCACUGUCUCUUCCUCUGCCCUCUACACCCACUCAUUAUCAAGGAAGGUGCUGGAUGGUUGAGAAGGGCGUGCUGUUGUACACACGACAAACACAAUCUAAACCACUGAUGUUGAAUGCAUUUCAUGUGAAUCCCAUAUGUCGCUCAUAUGUACCUCCAAGAGACGCAUGGAGGAGACACUGGGAGACACCACCCUGAUCUUGAUGACGGGGUAUGUGGUCAUGUGAAGUGAGUGACUGAAGUGGUGAAGUCGGUUGGUUGUCGCUAGAGUUUCCCCAGACGCCCUGAUGCCGUCCUUAGAGUUGAGAUAACGUGGCGAGAUAAGAAAUUAUUUAUUAUAUUUAAAGACUUUCUCAUCAUCGAGGCGGCUAGAAUGGCUUCAAAGUAUAAAACCUUCAAGAUGGCUUCUCAUGAGUAUGGGGCCGUGCUGCCUGAACAGUCUUCCGGGGUCCUCGAAGUACUAUCGACCCUUCUCUCGAGUUCGUUCUGAUCUGUCCGUAUCCCAGACGUUGUUAACGUACGGAGUGACAUUCAAUUCCUUGCGUUUGGCUGUGCUGUCGGCUCAUUCCGCUCAGUUUAACAUUCUUUCCCGGUUCGGGUCUGUACAUGAGCAGACCCGUACAUGAGCAGGGUCUAUCUAUGCAUGAAAGUAUUUCUUUAUGGAAAAUAAUCGCUCCCACGUCUAUCAUGUGAGAUGUCAUUUUCAAUGCAAUUGCAGAAUGAACUUAUUGGUUCAUGUGUUGUGUUUCUUCCAUUUUAAAUUCUUCAAACAAGCUCAACCGCUGUGGGAAUGUGUGUAAUUACGUGUGCAUCUUUGUAUGUGUGUCGGUGGAUGUGGGUGUGUGUGUGUGUGUAUGUUUAUGUAUGUGAACGAGAGGGCAUGUUUCUGUUUGUGUUUUCUUGUGUGGAUGUGCAAAUUUGUGUGUGUGUGUGUGUGUGUGUGUGUGUAUGUGUGUGUGCGUUUGUUUGUUUGUGAACGUGUACUUACGUGUGUACAUGUGUGUACGUGUGUGUACGUGUGUGUACGCGUGUCUACGUUGGUGUGGCUGUGUAUGGUGUGAACGUGUGUGUUGAGGAGUUUGUGUAUGGGUGUUUGUGCUCUUCCUGAUUUUCUGUUGAUUUAAGCCUCUUGUGUUAAAAAGCCAGUGAUGACAUGUUGAAUAAAACUGACAGCAAAUCAUUUA